AUGAUGCAGAAGAAGCUUACCUAGACGAAUAGACAAGCUAAAAUUUAAGAAUUCGUAUUCCUCUCUUAUAAACUAGACUCCAUCCUAAUUGAUUUAGAAGCAAUUAUCUGGAUAGAUUUUUGAAGAUGCACAUCCAAAAAUCAAAAUCAUAGAAUUUUAGAAUCUGGCUGACUUCUCCUCUCAACCAGUAAGUAGUGUCCCGAUCGACGAACCGCUGUUUGACCCAAUUCCGCCAAUAAUACAAUUUACAGACUACGAGGUACACCUUACUCUUUAAAAGCAAACAAGCCAUUACAAAUAAAGGAGAAGAUUUUCAAGUUGCGUAACAAAGAUCGGGUAGCUCGAAGGGUUAAAAUAUAUAAGCCUGACUCGCGCUUAUUUUAGGUUGUGCCUUAAGGUACUAAUGGAAAAGAUGCAGGAACAGGAACUAAGGCAUUUAUUUUAUGAUUAUCAUCCACUAGGUAGCUCCAGGUAUGGAAACCAACUUCAUUAUUCGUUUUUCUCCUGAAUCGAAGUCAGAUUAUAACUAUGAUGUUAUUGUUGAGACAGAAAGAGAGAAAUUUGUUGUGCCAAUCGUUGCAGUGGGAAAAAGAGCGAUGAUAGGUACGUAAUUGUUUGGAUUCCUUAGAUUUCCCUGAUUCUCUUGAUUUUGGAAAUUGUCCUGUUAAAUACACUACCGAAAAACCAGUUAUCAUUAGAAAUCUAGGAGAGAAGACCACCAAAUGGUUCUUGAAACUACCCUUGGGUUUUGAUGCCGACAAAAGGGAGGGAGUCUUGGAAUAUGGCAAGAAUGAGCAAAUUGUCAUCAAGUAAUUAUCCAUAUUAAAUAUACCGACAGAUUCUUUCCAACUGAAGCUAGAUCCUACAAGAAUAAGGCAAUUUUAUAGUAUGAUAACAUGGAAGCCUAUGUGCCCAUAAUAGGAGUUGCACACAAUGGGAAUGUGUAUCUAUCUAAAAGUCAAAUCAAUAUGACUGAAGCCUUUAUUGGUCUCCAAUUGCAGUAGACAUUAUAGAUUAUCAAUAAAUCAAAUGUGAAAGUGGAUUUUGAAUGGAGAGCUUUUGCAACAGAGAAGGAGGAAUAAGAAAAGAAGAAUAGAUUGAGGAAUCAAUUGGAAGAGGAAGAAGCUGAGGAAAGAAUGCUUAUCAAAGAAUUGGUCUCAAAUGAGGGAGUACAUGAAGAAUUGGAGUUAGAGGAAGAUGAAGAUAGUGAGGAGGAAGAGAGAGAUGAAAAAGCUAUAAUUUUGAAGAGACAAAAGAAGGCUGAAUUAUAAUUGGCAAGGAAAUAUAGAAACAUUCGAAAAGCUAUUGAGGAUGAUCUACUUCUAUUCAUUGAUGAUAUAUUCACGAUUGAACCUACACAAGGAUAGAUUUGGCCAAAUUCAGAGAUGACAGUUACAGUCACAUUUGUGCCUAGAAGUGCCUUUCUCUAUUAGACUGUGGCCUAUUGCAAUAUCUCAUGUUCAGAGGAGAGAUUGCCAUUGAAUUUGUAUGGUCAAGGUAUGGGUCCAAGAGCAUUCUUGAGUGUUUAUGAGGUGAAUUUAGGAGAUGUGUUUGUUAAUGAAAUUCAUAAGACUGAGGUUGUGAUAGAGAAUAGAGGAGAAAUAGAAUGCAAAUUCGAGUUGAUGCCGAAUGAAAGAGCAUUUGGAAAGAUGUUCAAAUUUGAUGUUGAAAGAGGAGUAUUAGCAGUUGGUCAAAGAAUGCCAUUCACAAUUACCUUCAAAUCCAGCAUCCCAGGUGAAUUCAAAGAGACUUUUAGAUGGAAAUUAGAAGGAUCUACAGAUUAAUUAACUAUACUAUUUAUUGGACAUGUGAUUGCUCCUACAUUCAAUUUCUAAGAUGAGAAAAUUCAAUUUGGUACUGUCAGUUAUUCAUUCGAAUAAACCAAGAGUAUAAGAAUGACUAACACAUCUACAGUUGCAUUUACAUACGAACUUAAAAUCCCUGGAGAUGGUAAAUUAGCUGAAAGGGAAUUUGAAAUAGAACCUAGAAGAAAUACGAUCUAACCGAAAAAUUUCGAUGUAAUUAAAGUGACCUUCAUUCCAAAAUAAAUUAAGACUUAUGAAUAAGUUAUGGUUGUAGACAUCGAAGGUGUUGGAUAAGACAUGUUAUCGAUACCAAUUACUGCUGAUUGUUAAGCUCCAAGAGUGGAAUUGAGGCCAAGUGAUAGAUUGAAUUUCAACAAAGGAGAUGAUUAGAAAGUAUUCUUGAGAAAUCCAUGUAAAUCAAGAGUGGAUUUAAUUAAUACAUCUGAAUUACCAGCCAAAUUCGUUGUUUUACCUCAGAAUGACGAGUAUAAAGUGUUAGCAGAUUACACAGUGGAACCAUCCAGUGGCAAGAUCAAUGGUAAUUCAACUAUGUCUUUGGAAGUGACAUUGACUACAAAGAAAUUAUAUGACAUCACACUGCCAUUGUAAAUAAAUAUAGUUGGUACCAAUAAUGGAUAGCCUCAUGUGAUAACAAUUGUAGCAUUUUCAGAAGGACCAAAGGUGAAAACAUCAAAAACAGAAUUGGAUUUUGGAAAUGUUGAAGUCUUAAAGGAUUACUCCCUUAAAUUAACAUUGACCAAUGAUAGCGAUAUUGAGGCUGAUUUCCAUGCCUUCACAAAGAAUAAAGUCUCAAUAUUUAAACCGAUUCAAAAACAUGGAAUUAUAAAACCAAAGGAGAGUUGUGAAAUUGAAGUGCUUUGUAGUGCUGAUGAUGCUGUGAAGGUUUCUGAUGUCCUUCAUUUUGUUAUCAAGGAAGGUGAUGACGUGGAAGUGUAAUUAAAAGCCAAAGGAAUUGGAUCAACAAUAUUUUGUAAGGAUGAUUUAUCAUCUGUGAAUAUGGGAGUCAAUUAUACUCACAGAAAAGUGACAAAGGAGAUCUUUGUUGAGAAUAAAGGCAGGAAACAGUAAAAAUUACAAUGGACUCAAAAGAAACCACAAUAGAAGAAGGAAGAACAGGAUUAGAAGAAUAACAAGGCUCCUCCUCCCCCAGAAGAAGAAUCAGUAUUCUCAAUUGCUCCUGAUACAAUCGUUUUACCUCCUAAGCAUGGAAUCAUGUUCUAAUUCAGAGGGUACUCACAGAAGAAGGGAAAGAUUUCUGAGAUUUUUAUGUUAAAUUCCACAAUAGGUACGGAGAGAAAAGCAAAUCUGCUAUUUGCAACAACAAUUGAAGGUGAUUUCAUCUAACCCACCUUGUAAUUUUCAGAGAGGAAACUUUUCUUUAAGUAUUCGUGGGAGAAGAAUGUUCCAUUUAUGCCUAUUUCAAAGAAUCUCGAAAUCACUUGUGCUUGUCCCCUACCUGUAAACUUUGAUUUAAAGUGUCAAUAACCCUUCACUGUGAAUUAGGAUAAGUUGUAAUUGAAUCCAGGUAAGAGUGCAGUAGUUAGGAUUGAUUUUGAUCCUGCUUUUAAAUCUGAUCGUAAAUCUGGCGAUUUAGAAGGCAAACUAUAGUUGUCUCAUUAUGAACAUCCUCAUAAGGAUCUGAUUGAUUUGAUUGGGUAGGUCAACUUUCCGAAUUUAAUCAUGGAAACAAAUCUUAUUAAUUUUGGAUCUAUUCUAUAUGACACAACAAAGAAGAUGGUUAUGACAAUGAAGAAUCAAAGUGAAAUGGCACUGAAUUAUGAAUGGACUUUCGUAAGUGAAGAAUUGUCUACUCAAGGACAAUAGCCAAAUAUUCCAAUUAACGAAAUCUUUGAUAUCUUACCACUAAGUGGUUACAUGGAACCUGGGUCAGAAGAACAAGUAGAGUUUGUGUAUAAUGCAAUUGGAGGACAAAGAUUUAAAACCACUGCUGUCUGUCAUGUUGAUGGUGGUCCUGAGUACGAGGUGACUUUGGUGGGAGAUAGCAGUUUAUUAUCAUCUAAAAUGAGCACUACUUUGAUUGAAUUAGGAGAUGUGAGGUUUUGUGAAUGGGUUUCUAGGGAAUUUACAAUUGAAAACACAGGAAAAGUUACUUUUGAAUUUAAGAUUGAUUUGAGACACAUAAAGAAGAAGGGAUUCGUGGAUGUACAACCAUAAAAUGGAAAGAUUGCAGGAGGUGAAAAACUCAGAAUUACAGUAAGAGUCUCACCAGUAAUACCUGCAGAAUUCAAGGAAAUCAUCUUGGUGUAGAUAGGAUAUUAUGAGCCAGAACCAAUUACUAUUAUUGGAAGAGGUGUCUAUCCUUCGAUGGUGGUGUAAUUGCCAAGAUCUGAAAAUCCCUUAUUCUAGUAGAAGUUUGAUGUUGAAAUUGCAAAGAAGAAGGCUGAUUUGGAAACUCAGACUAAGAGGGCUUAACUUAUAGCUAAGACAUAGAAUUAGAAGGUUUAGGUUAAGACUUUGGAAUAAGUAUAGUUGGAAGUUGAGAGGGACAUUGAUAGGUUUGUGUUUUGCGAAUAGAUAAAGAGGACUGUGUUGGAUAAGUAGGAUGAGAGGACUCAUUCAAGGGAUCAAAAAGAGAAAUUCUAUGAUAAUGUGAUUUUGGCUACUUACAUUUGUGAUUUUGGCAAUGUGGUGCUUAAUUCAAUUAGAUAAAAAACAAUAACCAUCAACAACCCAGGCACUUUGCCAGUUGAGUUUGUUUUAGAUGGUAAGUACUUUAAACCUUAGGGAUACAAUAUUGUACCAGAAAGGGUUUUGAAUUUACCAAGUGGUGCUAAUAUAACUUUGAACAUUCAAUAUUAGACAAAAAAGAACAUGGGUUUUGGACCAACUAAGACUGUUGUGCCAAUUGAAUUGAAGAAGGGUCCAAAGUUUCAUCUUGAAUUAGUGGCCAAUAUCACUAUUCCUUAAAUUGUUAUUGAGAACUCAGCUGAUGGAUAAAUAGAUUUUGGUAAAGUUCUGAUUGGAUAGAAGAAGAUCAUCUUCUUAAGGUUUGUCAAUGAUAAAGAGAUCGAUUGUGAAUGGUCUCAAUCCACUAGAUAAGAAUUGACAGCUGAUAAGAAAGAGGAACCUAGAUUUGUCUUAGUGCCUAAUAGUGGUAUAAUUAAACCAGGGGAUAAAUAAUUAGUGGAGGCACAUUUCACUCCUUUGGUUGAAAGAAGCUAUUCCUAAAAGUUCACUCUCAAUAUCAAGGAGAAUGCAACACCUUAUAUUUUGAAUCUAAAAGGAACUGGAACAAGUAUCAAUUUACAAUUCAACCCAUAAUUGAUAAACAUAGGGCCCAUCUUACCCUAUGAUAAGUUUGCUCAUUCUGUAUUGGAAAUCAAGAAUCCAACUGAAUUUGACACUGAAAUAUUCUCAUUAGAUUUUGAUACCCAAUAUAUUUAGGAUGAUGAAAUUGUUAAUAGUUAUCCAUAAUUGGAACAUACAGAUUUUAUAUUGAUGCCUGUGAGAUAGCCAGGACAACCAAUAUGGUUAGACUUUUAGAAAGCAUUCAAUAGAAGUAAGAGAAAGGAUCAAAUCUUGAAUAAAUUGCAAGAUCCCAAUGUUGAAAAUAAAGAAUAAUUGUAAAAAGAAUUAGAUGAUAUUGUAAUACAAGAAACUAUGAUUAAAGUUGAAUAUCCAAAGAAGGUCAGCGAGGAUGUCUUGAAAAACAUUGUUAUCAUGGGCCCUCCUAAAUGUGGAAAGACUCAUUUAGCCAAUUAUUUGGAGUAGACUCACAGAAGGAAAGUGAUUAAUAUGAAUGAGUUGGUUCAAUGGAAUCAAGAGAAUUAGACACAAGCAUAUCAACAAUUAGAGUAAUAUUUGUAAUAGAGAUAAAACGAAAUCCAAUUUGUAUAAUAAGAGAGAGAGAAAUUAUUAAAGAAGGCAGGAAAGAAAUCAAAGGAUCUUGAAGACAAGUGGGGACCAAUCCCAUUGCACCUAUACGAGUACUUGAGUGAAGAUAUCAUCGUAAAAUUGUUGAAAGCAAGAUUGGCUCAUGAAGAUUGUGGUGCUGGUGCUAUUUUUGAUAAUUUAUAAUCCAAAUAUUGGCCAAAUGAAUUAUAUUUGAUGAAAUGCAUCAUGGAGAUUGACUCUCAUUUGUAAGUAGUAGUGUUGAAGGAAUAAUUUGAUCAAUAUGGUUUUGAAAUCUAGAAAUUGAUUGAAUGGCCAGGAAUGGAGAAAUUGGCUGAAGAGGACAAACCUAAGAAAGAAGAAAUAGUGGAUCCUAUUCCCACAUCAAAAGACAAGAAUAAUAAAACUCAGACUAAGAGAGGAAAAGAGUAAUCUUAGAGUGUAACUAAGAAGCAAGAGAAACCUCUCGUUUCAUAAUUGCAAUUACAACAACAAUAAUAAUCAAGACAGAAAUCAAGACCAAAGUCAUAGCCAAAAUCAGCAGGAAAUCUGGUGGAAUAAAGUUAUUAUGAUGUGUUUUACCCAGCUAGUUUUGAAGAUGAAAUACAGAAAUAGAAUUUCAAUGACUUAAUAACAAAAGUGAAAGCUCUAAUAGAGAACAAAUAUCAUGAGAAAAUUGAAAUAGCUACUAAAAUUCAUGACCCUGUGUUUGAUGAAGGUAAAAAGGAAGAGAAACCACAGAAGCCAGCCAAGAAAGGUGAUAAGCCACCUGAACCAGAAGAGCCAAAAGUAGAAAUAAUAGAUUACACAUAUCUUUAAAAAGGAGAAAGAUAAUUUAACGAAGUUCCAUUCCAUUAUAACUUACCAUAAUUAUGCUAAACAGGAUUGCAAGUGAUACCGGCUCCAAUUUAUCCAAAUCCAAAUUCGUUGCCAAUUCCUGAUCCAAUUUACCAUUAGAUUGUGAUGAAGAAGAAAGACAACCUGAACUAAUCAAUACAGACAGGUAGAAAAAAGACCGACACAAAGGAGUCAUCAAUACAUUAAUCAAAUGCAACUCUUACUUAGACUCUAAAAUACUUUAACAUCCUCACACCGAAAGAUAUGUAUGUGAAGGAUUUCAAAAUGCAAUCUUAAUAAAAGACUGAGCAUGUUGAUGAAGACAAGAACAAUCUCUAGGAGGAAUAAAAUAAACAUUUGGAGGACAUCAAUUCACCAAGUAGGGAACAACUCUAGCAUCCCGAUCAAUUAAAUAAACCAGUCACUCCCUCUGUCAAAGCAAGAGCUAAUGUUACUUCUAGAUCAAUUGCGAAUGUAAGUAAGAGAUCGCAAUAGCAAAAGAAUGCAGAUUCAACUUAAGGCAAUGAUCAGAAGUAUAAUUAUAAACUUGAAGAUUUAAUCUAAAAACAAUACAGAUGGAACAUCCCAGCUGGUAGAACAUUGAUAUUAGUGAUCUAAUUCUUUACUAAACAUACUGGUUCAUUCGAAGGCAGACUCAACUUUGAUAAUUUCUUUUCCAUCAAGAAGUCGGCUGCUGAAGUCAAAGGAGUUGCUGAUUACCCUUCUUUAAGUGGAUUGCCAAAAUAACUGUUUUGGACUGUAAAGAAAGCCAGACCUGCUCUUGCACCUGAUUCAUACUUAAGCAAAGUUUAUGUUUAGAAUGAACAAAGCUUUGAUUUUGGACCAUUGCUCAUUGGAAAGUCUGAUAAGGUAGCCAAUAGAGCGAUCAAUAGUACAACAUUUAGAUUGUCUAAUUCUGGUAAAUUUGAUACUGAGUUGCAAUUCUCCCUCUUAUCAAGCAUCCAAGAGAAUAAAGAGAUUCAAAAAGGAGUGUUCACUUUGGAUUUAGAUAAUUCCAAAAUCCAAAUGAACAGUGUACCAUUGGAGCUAAGAGUGUGGGCAUUUCCAGAUAAGCCUUAGAAAUUCAGAGAUGAUUUGAUUGUCUAGAUCAAAGAUAAUCCUUUGCCUCUCAUCAUCCCUAUGGUAUGCAUUGGAUGUAGACCUACAAUUGAUUUAAUUAAUCCUGACAUCAAAUUUGAAAGAUUAUUAAUAUCUUAAUCUGAUUCCAGGACAGUCACUAUUAAGAACACAGGCAUGAUUAAUGCAAAAUGGAAAUUAACAGGAAUAGAGUAAUUGGAAGAGGAAUUCUAAGUGAUCAACACUUCAGGUGAAUUGGCUCCUACAAUGGAAGCUAAGAUUGAAAUAAGAUUCAGAGCAAUCAAGGAGAGAAAAUUAAAUCUAAAAAUAACUCUUGAAGUUGAAGAUGUGGAGAACAUGAACAUUAAGUAGGAUCCCAAGAUUAUUAAUGUGGAUGCAGAAGCAUUUUAAAUUUAAGUUGACAUCAAGUAUCCAACACCAGAGAAUAUCUUAGAUUUUGGAAGUGUGAAAGUGGGUGAUUUCAAAGAUCAAGUGUUGCAAGUCAAGAACAUUGGAUAGUAUUUGGUGAAAAUUAAGUGUCUAAUUAAAAAGAAGCUCUUUCCUCAAUUGUUCUAAUUGGAACCGAUGGAAACUGAUCUCAAUCCAGGUCAGUAGAAGGAUAUUUUGAUAAGGUUUUGUGGUGUUAAGGAGAUCAAGAUGAAGACUACAAAUGAUACAACUGACCUAUACUUAGAGAUCUUGGAAGGCAAAACACAGGAGAUCUAUAAGCCUGUUCCUAUUAAUGUGCAAUUCAAUAGUGUGUAUUCGAAGUAUUCAAUAAAUCCAUUAAAAAAUAUCAAUUUCGGACCUAUUCAAUUCAAUGAAUCGAAAGUAAGACACUUGGAGAUCAAGAAUGAAGGGUAAUUCGAAUUCAAUUUCACAAUAUUUGAUUAUGCGAAUGAAGAAUUCAGAAAGCAAUUAUUGGAUCAAUAGUCUAAGGAAGCCUAGGAAAAGAAGGAAUUGAUGAAAGCUAUGCCAUCUUCAUUGGCACCUGUGGAUCCUAAGAAAGGACCAAAGAAGGAUGAUAAAAAGCAAGAGAAGAAAUAGGCUAAGCCAGGAAAGAAUGAUCCACCUCCUGGAUAAUUGAAAAUUGGACAAUGGACUAUCAUGCCUAGUAUUGGCACAAUAGCCCCAGACUCUUCUUGCACAGUGGAAAUCACUUUUGCAGGACAAGGCUAGAAGAAUUAUGAACAAAAAUUGGCAAUCGAUAUUAUUAAUCGUAAUCCAGAAGAUUAACCAAAUGGAAUUGAAUAUGAAGUACUGAGUGAAAGUUGUAUUCCAGGUAUUAGUACAACUAGUUAUGAAUCUAUUUUCGAAGAGCAAGUCGUAUUGCAAUCCCAAGUGAAUAAUCUAUCUAACUUGAUUAAUUCCAAUGUCUUCUUCAUAGAGGAAAAGGUAUUCAGCUUUGGUACAUUGGUGCCAUCUAAAGUUCCAGAUGGAGUAGUGGAGAGAUUCAAACUCACAAAUCCCAACAAGAUUCCAUGCAGUGUCAAAUUAGAUGCAAGAAGAAGGCAAAAUUACCCCAAUGAUAACUUCGCAUUUGAAGUUUUCCCCAAACAAGUCAAGAUAGCACCUCAUGAAAGUGUCUAUAUCAAGGUUGCUUUCAAACCUACUAUAAUGGCUCAAUAUUAUGGUAUUUUUGAGGCCAUCGUUGAGAAUGGUGAACAAAGUCCCAAGACACAUAAAUUAUUGUUUGAUUUAAGAGGAGAAGGAGCCUUGCCUACACUGAAAUUGGAGAAACCUAAGGAUUGGUUAGAUGAGAGGACACCUGUCGUUAAGUUUGGCAGAGUUCGAUUGGGCAAGACUUUAACUAUGCCAAUCGUAUUGAAGAAUGAUGGGUAGAUUCCAGCAACAGUUAAAUGGGAUUUGACAGCAGUGAAUGAACAUUUUAGGUUCUUAGACCAAAACACAUUUACCCUUACUCCUAAAACCACUGCUACUUUCAACAUUGAAUUCACUCCAAAGGAUGUGGGAGUUAAGUAACAUUAUUUUGUAAUGUAAACACUGCUGAAUCCCUACGAAGUUACUAAAGUGGCAGUUACAGGAGAAGCAUUCUAAGAGGACAUUGUAUUUGAAAACUUGGAUGAUGAAGUUCAAUUUGGUGAUUGUAUUAUAAAUACAGAAAAGAAAAUAUAGUUUUUCCUUAAAAACAAUGGAGCCAACACAAUUCGAUUCUAAUGGAACACUUAAGGAUGUGAAGAUUUUACAUUCAUUCCUAGACAAGGUCAUUUGAAUACCAAAGAAUCUAAGCCCAUCACAUUAAUAUUUAAAUCCAAUAGAAGCAUAACCCACAAAUCGUUUGCCUUGUAGUGUGAUACCAAACAAAUUAAUAAGAAGACUCAAUCCGAAUGGGAUGAUAGUAUGGCAACGACAAAAUAUGUCACUUUGACUGAAUACAAUUGGUUGAUGAAGAGAAGGGAGGAAGAAGAGGCUAGGAGAUUGGCUGAAGAAGCUGCCAACAAAAAGGGAGCCAAGAAAGUUGAUAAGAAGGCUGUGAAGUAAGACAUCGUCCAACCUCCUCAACCUGAACCUGGAGAGGAGGCCAACAUUCCUAUUUCAGACCCAUUGCCUGAGCCAGAAUAUCAGGUUAUCGACAAGAGUGAUAAGAGUAUGCCAAUGAAGGUGAAUGCAAUUGCUGAUUUUUCCAAAUAUGAGAUCGACCAGAGAAGUGUUUACUUUAAGGAGACAUUGAUGUACACCACUCGAGUCCAUUAAUUAAAAUUAAAGAAUACUUCAUUGAUAGCCAUAAACUAUAAUUGUAAGAUAGUGUCAGCAUAAACUGGUGCCAUAGAUCCUGGAUACUUCUAUGUGUAUCCAAAGCAAGGCAAGAUUGCUAGCAAUAGUGAUGAGAUGUUCACCAUUAAAUUCAGUCCUACAGAAGUCGAUGAGUCGAAUGAGAGGUUGUUGGUCAUCUCAAUAGAUAAUUUGGAUCCAAAUCAAGAGAAGUUGAUUGUUGAAUUGGAUGGACAAGCAGAAAGACCAAUAUGUCAUUUUGAAUUGCCACCUAGCAAUUACAGAGAUAAGAAGCCAGAUUUGGAAGCCAAGUACAAUGUGAUUGAAUUUGAGAGCUUGGGAUGCAAGGUUAAGAACACAAAGAGAUUUUAUGUCGUGAAUCCCACUUCAGUUGGUUACGAAUAUGAAUGGAAGAGAAUUGAUGAUGAAAAGAAUCAGAAUGCAAACUACUUCAAAUGUAUCACAAUCAAGGGUGUGGUGUUGUCUGGCAAGAAAUCAGAAAUCAUCUUCGAAUAUUCACCAGACACAUAAGGACAACACGAAAGCUAUUGGGUUUUCGAGAUUCCACAAGAACAUAUUAUUUAAUAUUUCUUAGUUACUGGUAGUGUGGUUGAGCCAAAUGUCAUAUUCAAUGUUGGUAAGGUCAAUUUUGGUCCCUUAUUGGUUCAAGGAAAGAAUAAAGAAACAGUGAUUUUAAAGAAUUUAGAGGAUGUUCCUUUGACGUUUUAAUUUGAUAGGGAGUCUUUCCAUAAUCCAGAGUUCGGUGAUUCAUUAACCAUAACUCCAGUUUAAGGUACCAUUAAGGCACUUGGAGAUUAACCUAUUGAGAUAUAAUUUGCACCAAAAGUAGAAAGAGAAUACAAUUAUAAUCUGUUAUGCAAUGUGAAGAGAAGAUAGAGACCAGUGACUUUGAAUGUCAAGGGAAUUGGGUACAUUCUACACAACAAUGUGUACUUGAAUGGUGUGGCUGUGACUCAAUAAAAUACGGUAGUUGAAUUGGGAGAUUUGUACAUCAACGAGAAAUCCAGCAAAUAGAUCACAGUUGAGAAUUAGGGAGACUUCAAUUUCGAUUUCAGUGUUAGGAAAUCAGCUCAAUUAUCCAAUAUCGUGAUUAUCAAUCCAGAGAAUGGUACGGUGAAGAAGAAUGAGAAGUUUAAUAUUGAGAUCAGAUAUCAACCAACAGCCCCAUAGAAAUUGAAUCAACAAUUUUCAUUAUGUAUUUCAAGUGGACCUACAUACAAUUUCCAAUUGAUUGGAUCUGCCAAAAAGCCAGCAGUGGAAUUCUCAUUCUUAUAAUAUGACUUUGGCCCAUGCUUUGUCUUGAGAUAACCAUUGCCCAUCACUAAGUAUUUGGAGUUGAGGAAUAGAGACGUUCAAGCUAUGGCAAUCGAAGCUUUGUAUGAGAAAAAACCAUACUUUGGAGUGCAAUUGCCUUCAGGUUAGGUGCUCUUGCCAAUUCAGAUAGAAACUCAUAAGGAUAAGAAGGGUAUCAUAUAAACAAAGGAGUUGAAUGUGUUGUAGAUUCCAAUAACCUUCACACCUAGAGAGUUGGUCAAAUAUGACGAAAGUGUGAUCUUUGACAUUAAUGGAUUGUAAAAGGUGGAGGUGAGAUUUACAGGAGAAGGUGUUCCUUUGAAGUUGGACUUAUUGAAGACAGAAUACUAAUUUGUAGAUUUUGGAAUUUAUGGCGUCGGACAGAUUGGAACAGAGGUAGUUUCUUUGGUGAAUAAUUCUCAAAAGAUGGUCACCUUGAUCUUCGAGUAGGACUUGUUGAAAGAAUUGAAAUAGAAAUAUUUCAUUAAGGUAAGACCAAAGAAGGAGUUUGUGAUUAAUCCAAGGGAGAGAAAAGAAAUUACUCUCACCUUCAAACCUUAAUAGAGGUUGCACUCCUUCAAGACUGAUCUGUUCUUUAAGAUCGUUGAAAACAAUGAGGUGAGAAAACUAUUGACAUUGCAAGGAGCUUGUCAUGGCAUAGAGUUGAAGUUGAUGGAGGAUACCAUAGGAUUUGGUGGAGUCGUUAUCAAUUCAAGACUUACAAAGAAUGUGCAAUUGAGCAAUUUGGGAGAUGUUGCUGCUAAAUUCCAAUGGGAUACCUCGUUUUGUAAGAACUACUUCACUAUCACUCCUUUAUCAGGAACAUUGCCAGCUCAUGAGGAUCUUCAAUUUUAGAUUACUUUCCAUCCAAACGCUAUUGAUAAUGACAUUAGAUUCGAUAAGGUGAAAUGCUUGAUCCAAAAUUCAGACCCAUUGUACUUGAAUCUCUUAGGAAAAUGCAUAGAAUAACCAAAAGAAUAAAUCUAAGAAGUGAAAUUUGAGACUGUUGUGAGAGUACCCACUUCUAAAAAGGUCACUGUCAAAAAUCCAACUCCAAAGCCCUGGAAAGUCAAAGCUUCAGUGUCUGCUUUAUUGCCUUAAUUUAAAGAUUACUUUGAAGGUAAAGAAUACAUAGAAGUCCCGGCCAAUGGAUAAGCAGAAUAUGAAGUCGUUUACAAGCCUUUAACAAUGACAUCCAAUCCUUCAAUCUAAAACUUACAGGAUCAACAUGAAGGAUCACUCUUUUUCCCAUUACCUGAUGGGUAGGCACUUCUCUAUAAUCUAUUUGGUAAGAGUUUGCCACCAUUACCAUAAACUGUGGACACAACCAUGAAGGCCAAAAAGAACACAACCUAAGUGUUGCAAGUGAAAAACUGGCUGAAGACCAGUCAAAGAUUCGAGGUUACCUGGACAUUGGAACCUGAAGAUCCUUCUAUUAUUCUAAAUGGAGCCAACACUUUUGAAGUAUCGAGUGAAGGAACCAAGGACUACAAACUCACUAUAUAUGGGCUUAAGCAAUCUUAAAAUAAAGUUACAGUCUAUUUCAGAAAUGCCAUCACAUAAGAAUUUGUGUUCUUCAAAAUAGUAACCAAUAUAAUUAAUAUAUUUAUAGAAUUUAACCAUUCAACCUCCAGAUCAACUGCCAAGAAUUGAAUUGACAUCCAUAGUUAGGGAAGUGGCUACGAAAUUGAUCACCAUCGAGAAUCCAAUCAAUUAGCCAGUAGAAUUUAAGAAGGACCAACUUAUAGCUGAAACUGACAGUAUCUCAUUCAAUCCUUAAUAAUUCGUAAUCCCACCUAAAUCUGAAUUCGGUCUUGAAAUAGCCUACAGACCUCUGGUGGUGCAAGACAUUCAAUCCAAGAUCACAAUAAAAUCUGUUCAAUUGGGAGAGUUUGUCUAUCCUCUGAAAUUAUAAGGAUUGCAGUAGAAUGUGUCAAGAUCACUCUAUUUCAAAGCUUCUUUGGGCACUGAAAUGGUCUUACCAUUCAAGUUUAUGAACUACACCAAGAAGCCUACCAUGUACACAUGUUAUGCCACGAAAUUGGGUCCAAAUGGAAAACCACUUGCUGUGAACAUAGACCCAAAGGCUAAAGGUGCACCAACCUAGACUACAGACUUUAUUUGCGAAUAGGUUCAAUUCCAAGCACCAUAAUCUGAAUCGUUUGAUGGGGUGGAAUGUCAGAUCAGUGUGAAGUAUGAGCCCAGCAGUCUCAAUGAAAGCAGAGGUAUCUUGGUUGUGCAAUCCCCUGAUGGUGGAGGUAAAACAAAUUAUUUUAUUUUUCAAAGAAUAUCAAUGUCUGUUGAUUGGAUAAGGAAUCACUCCCUAGCCGAAAGGACCAUACAAAUUAUCGGGUGCCAAACCACCUGCUAUUGAAUUUAAGAAUCCCUUCUUUGAAGCUUAAGAGUUCACUUUGAGAAUUGACAAUCCUGCAUUUACUUCUUCAGUCAAGUCCCCUAUCAAAGUUGAUGUAAGAAAUCUAAUUGAGUUUUUUAGGGUAAAAAAGUAUUGAGCAUAAACAUCACCUACAAAGCAGUACCAAACACAAGCAACAAUGGAAGAUUAAUAAUUUCCUGCGGAGAUUUGCCACAAUGGGUAUUCUAUCUUUAAGGAGAAUGA